AUGUACUCCAUCUCGUUCUACCCGUGGAAAAUGGAGCCGCACGGCUACUAUUCGCAUCCCGAAGCUGCAGCCAACUGGGUCCCGGACACUGUCAGCGCUCGCUGCCAGAUCUGCCUCGCGGCGUUCACGCUGACCCGCCGAAGACAUCACUGCCGCCUGUGCGGUCACCUCGUGUGUGCCAACUGCUCUCACGAUCGGACGUAUCUCCCCUUCGCCGGCUCAACGCCUAGUCAACACCGACUCAUUAAGGACGGAGCUCCUCAGAGAACGUGUAGCUCCUGCGCUAGUACACUGCGGAACAUGGCAGGACAAGACGAUCCUCGCGUGAAGCGCUUCACAGUGGCCGUAUCCUCAGCGAGACGACGCAAAUCCACUUCAUCAGCGACAGCGAUCUCGGUAUCUGCCUCGCGGUCAGUGGUUGAGGUGGAGGUGGAGCGUCCGUCCCCGUGGUUGAGGCGUACUGGCAUGGCGCUCACAGACAGCGACAUCGAAGACGAAGAGUUCUUCAUUGAGUCCACGAAGGCACUACAGCUCGACCAACGCUCUCGUGGAACUACGCACCACUUCCCGCUUCGUCUAUCCGUUACCAGAGCAGAAGAACUUGAUGAGAUCCUGAGCGCGCGCGCGUGUUCUCGUGCGCUGGACCAGGGUGAAAACUCUGGCAGUCGACAGUUUGUCAUUAGCUCCGCGUGGCUUGAUCAGUGGUUGCAGUACGUGCGCGUAGACUCGGCAAGUGCUGACGCAGCAUCGAACGCGUUCUGCAAGGGACGACGAGGUAAGCCCAAUACGAAAUGUCGUCUGACGAGACCCCCGCGACCUGGUCCGGUUACGAAUUAUACGCUACUGGACUUUGUGAACGGCGAACUGGUGCCCAAGCCCAACCUCACUAGAAGCAAAGGGAGUCACGGCGGAGGGGACUAUCGCGUUGUCAGUCAGGAGGUCUGGGUCACGUUC